UGCGCGCGGGUCCGGUGCGGCGCGGCGGCUCCGGCAGUGCGCCUGUGCAGCCCGCGCGUCCCAGUGGAGCGCGGCGGGGGCUGCGGGGCUGGAAGCGGGACGGAGGGGGCUGCGCGGGGACCCCCGCUCCCCGGGAAGAUGGCAGAGUCAGGCGCGGUGCGGACCUCGCCGCCCAACCACCGACCUUCAGGCAUGGAUGGAUUUUUAAGAUCUGAUGAGAGACAAAGACUAGCUAAAGAAAGACGAGAAGAAAGAGAAAAAUGUCUUGCUGCCCGGGAGCAGCAGAUCUUGGAGAAACAGAAAAGAGCGAAACUCCAGUAUGAAAAGCAAAUUGAGGAGCGAUGGCGGAAACUGGAAGAGCAGCGGCAGCGGGAGGACCAGAAGAGGGCAGCUGUGGAAGAGAAGAGGAAGCAGAAGCUCCGGGAAGAGGAGGAGCGGCUGGAGGCAAUGAUGCGCCGGUCCCUGGAGCGCACACAGCAACUGGAGCUGAAGAAGAAAUGCUCGUGGGGAGCUUCACUGGCCACCGGGCCUGGAGGUCGUGAUGCAUGUGACAAACUUUCAACAUCAACCAUGAAUUUGCCAAAGCAGAUGGAGCCUCCCAUGAGUAAGCGCCUGUCUUCAUCCACCGUGGCAAUAUCCUAUUCCCCAGACCGAGCUCAUCGCACACACCUUAGUCCCAUGGAAACCUUUCUUGUUAUGCGACUGUUGACACCUACACAGGCUUCUUUAGCCAGAAGCAGAAGUGCACUCAUGCUCUCUGAGCAGGCCAGUGACUCAGUAUCCCAUGCCUGUCCUCGUGUAGCUCCUGCUGGCCCUCUUAAAUCUUCUUACAAGUCUUCUCCCACUCGGAGUGCUGAGAGGAAGAAGACUCCAUCUACAUCUGGUGUAGGAGAUUCUGGGAAAGGAGCCCCUGCAGGAGCGGAGGCCUCUCCGACAGAGAAGAUGAAGAGGGGCCCUCGAACAACUUCUGUUCCCAGUGUGGGCCUUGGGUCUCCUCUGAGAAGAUGUGAGUUUCCAGGAAGCAUUUCUAAGAGGUCAUCUUCUCCAGUGACAUCCAAGGCAACUUCAAAAGCAUAUCCACAGUCUCCAAAGAAUAUGAAGCCGCCAUACCCAGGGUCUCCUGUGAAGUACCGCUUUCCCACCUUUCCCAGCCAAGAAACACCCAAGAGGAAAGCAGAGAAAGAGAAGAGCAAUAAGGAAAGGGAAGGUGUCCUGGCUCAGCAGGCAGCUGGCCUGCAUGGAGAGGAAGCCCCAGAGAAGCAUGUGGUGGACAAGCAUGUCACCGAGAAGCACGUGGUGGACAAGCAUGUCACCGAGAAGCAUGUGGUGGACAAGCAUGUCACCGAGAAGCAUGUGGCCACAGGAGGGAAGGCCGAGAGCAGUGGAGCCUCAGGGAAGCCUACAGCAGGCACCACUGAUGCAGGAGAGGCUGCAAAGAUCCUGGCUGAAAAGAGACGACAGGCCCGGCUACAGAAGGAGCAGGAGGAGCAGGAACGGCUGGAGAGAGAAGAACAGGACAGGCUGGAGAGAGAGGAAUUGAAAAGAAAGGCAGAGGAGGAAAGACUUCACCUAGAAGAGGAAGCCCAUAAGCAGGAAGAGGAAAAGAAGCGGCAGGAAGAGGAAGAAAAGAGAAAGGCAGAAGAGGAGGCUAAGAGAAAGGCCAAGGAGGAGCUGUUAUUAAAAGAAGAGCAAGAAAAGGAAAAACAAGAAAAAGAAAAGCAAGAAAAAGCCAUUAUUGAAAAGCAGAAGGAAGCAGCAGAAGCAAAGGCCCAGGAGGCAGCUAAACAGAUGCGUCUAGAAAGAGAACAGAUCAUGCUGCAGAUUGAGCAGGAGCGACUGGAGAGGAAGAAGAGAAUUGAUGAAAUCAUGAAGAGAACGAGGAAGAGCGAUGUGUCUCCAGAAGUGAAGAAAGAAGACCCAAAGGUGGAGCUUCAGUCUGCUGUGUGUGUGGAAAAAAAGACAAAACCAGUUGUCCCAAACAAAAUAGAAAUAAAUGGAUUAAACACCUGCCAGGAAGUUAAUGGCGUGGGGCGUACUGCCCCAGAAACUUUCCCCCAAGACAUUUUCUCUAACGGGCUUAAACCAGUUGGGGGACUUGUUCAUCUGGACACCCUUGAUGGGAAAUCAAACAGUCUGGAUGACUCAACUGAAGAAGUUCAGUCUAUGGAUGUAAGUCCUGUUUCAAAGGAAGAGCUUAUCUCCAUCCCAGAAUUUUCACCAGUAAGUGAAAUGAUUCCUGGGGUGUCUCUGGACCAAAAUGGAACUGGUAAUGCCCGAGCACUUCAGGAUCUCCUAGAUUUCACUGGCCCCCCCAUGUACCCCAAGCGAUCCAGUGAAAAUCUCAGCCUGGAUGACUGUAACAAAAACCUGAUUGAAGGAUUUAACAGUCCUGGCCAAGAAAAUACUCUGAACACCUUCUGUUGACAAAUACAUCUCUUUAAUGAAAGGUGGUGGUUGGAGAACCCAUGAAGCUGCUGGUAGUCAAAUCCGAGCUGCCGGUCCUCUGAAGAAGCUUCUGUUGUCCUAUAUAACUGGAUUCCAAAUUAUUAGAUCAAAAUGUAACUGCAUAUUCCUAGUUAGUGUGUCGAACACUGGCCAAUCUUGGUAGAAACAUUAAAACGUUGGCCUUGUUAGGCUUUAGCGAAGUUUCAUGUUACAGUUCUAUUUAUGAGCUUCAGCUGCUGAUACAGUGCUUCCAGUACUACUUUAUUAUCUUAGUGAUCCUCUCAAUAACCCAGGUGAUUCUGUGUUGGAAAUUCACCUUAUAGCUGUUCUUAUUCCCAAAGUUGGAGUACAUAGACAUGUAGAUGUCUUUUCCUGUAAAUAUUCUAGACAUUAACCCAGACUCUACUUAAACAUAUAUACUGAACUUGGGCUGCCUAUCUCCUUGUCUGUGUUUAGAAGAAAUUCCAGAGGGUUUUCCCCCUUCUCUGGGGUUUCUUUGUUGGAAGUUACUCUAUCAAGAAGCUUUUUGUAUUAUUAAGCUUAGCCACCUGUAAAAUGUGUUGCCCCACAUUACUCCUUGGGGACCUAACAGAAUAUGUCUGGUUGAUUAAGGAAACAAGGAGUGCAGAAUAAUUUCUGUUCACUUACGCACUUUCUUAUAGACGUGGGCACCUCAGUCUAGCAAGGAUCUUGUCAUUGUUGCACCUUAAAAAAAUCUCCAAGCCAUCAAGUGGCUUUUGGGCCGAAGGAAGUUUGAGUGAAUUGUGUGUCUCAUGCACAGGUGGUUGGUUUUCAUGUUUUUGCUAUCGCUUUUCUCUUGGAUCUUGGGACCCUUUUAGUUUGCUCCUGUGUUUGCCCAACUCUGAUGAAGACUGGCACAAAUGAAAAUGAUAGUGUUCUGGAACAAGGGGGCCCUGAACUGGACCCAAUAUAUCACUUUAAUAAACUUCAACAUGAAAACAUCUGAACGGGGGACAAAUGACAUGAGAAUGUAUACUCCACAUGUUUCAUGCCAUAUAAUAAUGUGUUUUCUUAAUUUUAAUUUUGUGGUGAAAUGUGACUUUCAGAUUAAAAAAUCUGACGACUUUUGGAACUUUUUUUUUGAGUUGUAUGGUAAAGCGUUUGAAAAAGAUCCAUAAUUUUGACUGAGGUUUGCAACCAGGAGAUAAAAAGAAGUCUCAAUAGUAAUCUUGUUCAUGUGCUUUUAAAACCAGCUACAGUUUAAGGCUUUAUUAGUUAUGAAAACUGUGUAUGUUUGUGUAUGUGUAUAUAUUAAAUAAAAUACAUGCCUCCAGUAAUGCAGUGCCAUUGAUCUUGAUGAAUAUCAGGGGAAAAUCCCUUUCAUGACAAGCACACAGAAAAUGACAGCAUGGUCUGACUUUCAAAAAAUGAUUCACCAUCUUUCUUACAGCUUUAUUUUGCUAAAUGUUUGUUUUGUUGUGAUCCGUUGUACCUCACAGCACCAUUGUGACCAUGGUGAUGCCUCAUUUGCAUCAUCUGUACGUUGUGUUUAACGUGAAAUACAUUUUCAU